UCACCCCAAACCGAAGAAGAGGAAAAGAACCAGAAAUUAUGGAAGCUUAUGUCUACCUACCUCGAUACAGACAAGCACUCCAUUCAGCGAAUUAUCGUGAAUCAUGUGGAGUACACCCUCUCCUGCAAUCGGUGUAACAUGAAUAUGCACAAAGCGAUGUUGGCUACCUCGUAUAGUCUUCGUGACCGAUUAAUAGAGGAUAUGAAUGACACCCAAACGUUCAUGCUUGAGACGAAAACGAAAUGCGUAAACUAUCUAUCCAUCGAGUACCUUCUUGGAAGAUGGCUGCAUCACGUGCUGAUAAAUAUCGGUCUUGAAGGGGAAUACAAGGAAGCAUUACAGGAAAUGGGAUACCAGCUCGAAGACUUGUAUGACGAUGAUCGAGACGCUGCUCUUGGAAAUGGAGGAUUGGGGCGGUUAGCUGCGUGCUAUAUGGAUAGUCUAGCAACGAUGAAUGUUUAUGCCUUCGGAUAUGGUAUUCGAUAUAACUAUGGUAUGUUCGAGCAGAGAAUAGCUGAUGGGUGGCAAGUUGAAUAUCCGGAUUAUUGGCUAUCCUAUGGAAAUCCGUGGGAGAUAGAGCGGACCGACAUUCGAUACGUGAUUCACUUUGGAGGCCGCUGCGUGAGAGUGGAAACGAAUGGGAUCAGGAAGUAUAUCCAGCAGGAAGGAGAAACGAUCUUGGCAGUUGCCUACGACACUCCGGUUCCAGGCUACAACACUCACAACUGCAACGUGCUUCGAUUAUGGAGAGCGAUUCCCACCGAUGAAAUCAAUCUGGAGGUAUUCAACCAGGGCGAUUACACGACCGCAUUGGAAAGCUCGCGACGAGCCGAAACCAUCACGAGCGUGCUUUAUCCUGACGACAGCCAGCUGAAGGGGAAGGAGCUCCGCUUGCGCCAAGAAUAUUUCUUUGUUUCCGCGACCAUCCAGGAUAUUCUGAUUCGAUUCCUUCGAUUGGAACUGCCGUGGAAGGAACUGCCUCAGAAAAUGGCGAUUCAGCUCAACGACACGCAUCCCGCGCUGGCGAUUCCGGAAUUAGUGCGAUUGCUAACCACAGAAUACGAACUGGCGUAUGACGAGGCCUGGAAACUCACCACGGAAUGCUUUGCGUACACCAAUCACACGGUGAUGAGCGAAGCUCUCGAGACGUGGAGUUAUGAAAUCAUGGAGCGAUUGCUGCCUACGAUUACGCAGAUCAUUUGCGAUAUUAAUUGGAACUUCAUGCAGUCCAUUCAAAAUCGAUUCCAAAACGAUGCGGACUUGCUCGAAAUCAUGGCGAACACGUCCAUCUUUUCAAACGAUGUCGAUAAGCGAGUUCGCAUGGCCAAUUUGUGUAUUGUGGGAUCCCACAAAGUGAACGGCGUGUCCGAACUCCACACUUCCAUUCUUCGCGAUUCGAUCUUUCGGUAUUUUGAUCGAAUCCAGCCCGAUCAGAUCAUCAACAUCACAAACGGAAUCACGCCUCGUCGAUGGCUGCUUCAGUGCAAUCCAGAAAUCGCCAAGAUUAUCACCGAACUGGUCGGAUCCACGACGUGGACAACGAAUCUCUCGGCUCUCUCGGUGCUGGAAGACUAUGCUGAAGACGAAUCCAUUCAGAGUCGAUGGCAGGAAGCGCAUUCGAAGAGCAAGCAUCGCUUAGCGGAGUUUAUCGAACGGACGCAGGGAGUUUCGAUUCCAGAACAUUUUCUGUUUGAUGUGAUGGUGAAACGGAUCCACGAGUACAAACGGCAGCUCUUAGACAUUUUGUAUGUGAUCUAUCGCUAUCAGUGGAUCAAGGGUCUCUCGGAAUCCGAGCGAAAAGCAGUGGUUCCGCGUGUUGUGUUUUUUGGAGGCAAGGCCGCUCCUUCCUACCACCGUGCCAAGAACGUCAUCAAACUAAUCAAUAAUGUGAGUGAAAUCGUGAAUAAGGACCCCGAAGUCUCCGACUAUUUGCGAGUGGUUUUCAUCCCGAACUACGGAGUUAGCAUCGCAGAGCUAAUCAUCCCUGCAGCCGACAUAACGCAGCAUAUCAGCACGGCGGGCACGGAGGCCAGCGGCACGAGCAAUAUGAAGAGCGCGCUGAAUGGAGGCUUGCUCGUCGGAACGUACGAUGGAGCCACGAUCGAAAUAAUCAAUGCAAUCGGGGAGGAAAAUGUGUUUGUUUUUGGCCAUCGAGAAGAGGAAAUCGAGCAGAUGCGAACGCAACUCAAAUCGAUGGGUAACGAACAACGGUCACGACCUGUGUCGAAUGAACUGGCCAUGGUAUUGGGGCAGUUGAUGAUGAACAGCUUUGGUUCUUCGACUUUGAUGCGAGAAAUUCUGGAAUCUAUCUGUUUUGGGAAUGACUGGUAUGGUGUGACUUUUGACUUCGACGAGUACGUGAAGGUGCAGGAAAAGGUUGACAAGACCUGGAAAGACAGAAAGGAAUGGAUUAAGAAGUCAAUUUUGUCUACAUCAAGAAUGGGCGUUUUUUCAUCUGAUGCUUCAAUCCUAAACUACUGCUCGAAAGUCUGGCGUGUGGAACCCUCACAGAGACCUGACUAUUACAAGCAAGAAAGUUCACGAAAGCGAAGCCGAUCAUUUCCGCAUCCUUCCCUAAAGAGUACUAGCGACGAGUAUGUUGGAUUGAAUAUCUUUCUUGUUUGUUUCUACCAACAAACGAUUGGAAUGCUCAUUACAAUUAUAGAUUCCAUUUCUAUCAGUAAUUCUCCAAUCCGAAUCAGGAUGGCUUUUUUGGUAGUCCAAUAUUUCAUUCAGAAUCUCGUUUCGACAACUCGUAUUCCCUUUACGGAAACGCUCUCCAUAUUUCUUAUAAAAACUCUUUUCUUGUUUACUAGGAGUACGUCUUUUGCUUCGAUUUUUCGUCUUAAUAUGUUCUAUACAGCGUUUCGGUUUAUUCGUAACAGCGGCUCCUUGUUCGGCUAG